AUGGUAAAAGAGGAAGAUGAGGGAGAAAAAAAUGAAAAAGGUGAAAAAGAUCAAAUGAGAACAUCAACAACAAGAAGAAAUAUCAUGAAAAAACGGAGAAAGAAAUGGUCAAAUCUUGAAUUGGAUACUCUUGAAAAGGGAAUGAUGGAACAUGGAACAAAAUGGCGUAAGAUUUUAGAUGUGUAUGGUAGACCUCAUGGACAUUUACGUGAACGUACACCUGUACAAUUAAAAGAUAAGGCUCGUACAGAAAAAAUGAGAAGAAUUCGGGAGGGAAUAUCUCUUGGGAUAUUCGAAAUUGCUACAGAAUAA